AUGGCGACUAUGACAGUGACGAUGCCGCUCUCGAAGAAGACGGCAAAGAAGAACAACAAGAAUGUUCCCGAGAACGAGCGAUUCAUGCGAGCCUGUUCCGACAUCGCAAAUGCACUCAUUCAAGACUACGAGGAGCAAAAGGAUUCCUCAAAACCACGGAAGGAUAUCAACCUCAACAAGCUGCGGGGCACUAUCGCGAAGAAGCACUCCUUGGCCACCCAGCCACCACUGACGGCCAUCAUUGCAGCCGUGCCGGAACACUACAAGAAAUACAUUUUGCCGAAGCUGAUUGCGAAGCCGAUCCGGACCUCGUCCGGAAUCGCCGUCGUGGCCGUCAUGUGCAAGCCUCACCGUUGUCCCCAUAUCGCUUAUACCGGUAAUAUCUGUGUCUAUUGUCCCGGUGGCCCGGACUCCGAUUUUGAGUAUUCAACACAAUCCUAUACUGGAUAUGAGCCGACAUCUAUGCGUGCAAUUCGUGCUCGUUAUGAUCCAUUUGAACAAGCCCGAGGUCGAGUGGACCAAAUCAGAUCUCUGGGUCACAGUGUGGAUAAGGUUGAAUACAUCAUCAUGGGUGGAACAUUUAUGUCGCUGCCAGAGGAUUACCGGGAUUCAUUCAUUUCCCAGCUUCACAAUGCGCUAAGUGGAUACCAGACGGACAACGUGGACGAGGCCGUACAGGCCGGUGAAAUGAGCAACAUAAAGUGCGUUGGUAUUACUAUUGAAACUCGACCAGAUUAUUGUCUGGACACCCAUUUGAGCAGCAUGCUCCGUUAUGGCUGCACUCGACUCGAAAUUGGCGUGCAAAGCCUGUACGAAGAUGUCGCACGAGACACAAACCGCGGUCAUACCGUGGCCGCGGUGGCUGAGACUUUUAAACUGGCCAAGGAUGCCGGCUUCAAGGUCGUUAGCCAUAUGAUGCCUGAUUUGCCAAACGUCGGAAUGGAGCGUGACCUGUUCCAGUUCCAAGAAUACUUCGAGAACCCGGACUUCCGAACUGAUGGUCUCAAGCUCUACCCGACUCUUGUCAUUCGUGGUACUGGACUCUACGAGCUUUGGCGAACAGGCCGAUACAAGAAUUACACCCCGAAUGCUCUAAUUGACCUGGUGGCUCGCAUCCUGGCCCUGAUUCCUCCGUGGACCCGCAUCUACCGUGUUCAGCGUGAUAUCCCAAUGCCUCUUGUCACAUCGGGCGUAGAGAAUGGAAAUUUGCGCGAAUUGGCUUUGGCUCGAAUGAAGGAUUUCGGAACGACUUGCCGAGACGUCCGAACCCGUGAAGUCGGUAUCAAUGAAGUCAAAAACAAGAUUCGCCCGUCCCAGGUUGAACUUAUUCGUCGCGAUUACACCGCGAACGGAGGCUGGGAGACUUUCUUGGCCUAUGAAGAUCCUAAGCAGGAUAUUUUGAUUGGUCUGCUUCGUCUCCGCAAGUGCAGCGACACCCACACCUUCCGGCCGGAAUUCACCGGUCAACAGACCAGUAUCGUCCGCGAGCUGCAUGUGUAUGGCUCUGCUGUGCCCCUCCAUGGCCGUGAUGCUCGCAAAUUCCAACACCGAGGAUUCGGAACGCUGCUGAUGGAGGAGGCAGAGCGCAUUGCCCGUGAGGAGCAUGGAAGCCGCAAGAUCAGUGUUAUCUCUGGUGUUGGGGUGCGAAGCUACUAUGCCCGUCUUGGAUACACCCUCGAUGGGCCGUACAUGUCCAAGAUGCUGGACCCGUACGAGGGCGAGGAGUAA